CACAAAAGAGUUUGGAGCAACCAUGGUCUGAAGUCAAUUUGUCGUAUCCUCAGUUGCAAAACGUAAAUUCAACGUCGUAUACAUUUAAGAAAAAAAUGUCAACCACGGACCGAAUGCAUAUUUUACGAGAGCGUAACAAAGCUUUGUUGAACCAACUUAAGCAGCAGAGAGAAAAACUGGAGCGGCUCCGCGGCUGCAGUCAGAGCCGCAAGAGGGAGAGAGAGGACGAGGCAGAGGCUAGGAGAGACCAAGCAGAGAUCCUGAUCCUGACUGGUGGAGACAGAGGUCCUGCCCGGGCCGCCCUCUCCAAACCUACCGUGAGAUUUGCGGACACAUGUGAAGGACAGACAGGCCUCCAGGGCACUAUUCCAUUACCAUUUUUGACCUCCAAACACAGAGGAGAGGCUGUUGAACAUACAACACCAUCGGGCCUUUUAAAAGAUAGCAACGGACAUACUCUUGUCCACAGCAGGUUGCAGGACACGGGUACAGUCAGCACCAAGUCCUGUCUAGUAAAUAACAGCAAAGAACAGAGGGAGGUGCGGCGUCAUGUCACAUUUCAGUCUGAAGAAUGUGAAGAGAGAUCUGCCUCAGACAGGCAUCGUUUGCAGCCUUUACUUGGGUAUGACUGGAUAGCAGGAGUCUUGGAUGCUGAGGACUCCUUGAUAGAGCGCUCUGAUGAGUUCUUCAAUGACCUGCGCAUGUUUCGAUCCUUAAAUAAAGACAAGUGUGUCUACAGCCCACAAGCGGAAUUUCCUGAGGAGAACCAUUCAGUCCUGCUAACAGAUAAGGAUGGUCCAGAUGCUAACACAAAUACUCAUCAAUGUACGUUCUCUUACAGGAUUAACAGCAGACUGUUCCCCGUUCCACUUCACUCUCAAGAGUGCUGCCCGGUGUGCAAAGAAAACAAAUCCUCGCACCCUCACACUACUGCUGAACCGGCUCUCAUCAGGGUCAGCAUCCCUCGCUCCACCCUCCUUCCUCCUUACAAGUACAAGGCUCAUCGGCGGUGCAGUUUCGACCCUUCUGAUAGUUUGGGCUUACCAUCGCACUGUCUUUCCGGCUGGUCGAACACAGGUCAGAUAACACUGCCGCCACCCAGCAGCCUCGAUCUGCGGAGCAUUCUGAACAUGAAGAACUCCACUGGGUCACACAACAAGGAACUGGAGAAUUCCUCUGCACACAAAGUGUCCAGCAACCAGAUCUCUGACCCAAUCUCAGAUGUGUCUCGCUUGGCUCCUCACAACUUUCAACACUUCUCCUCCAAAAGAAAACUAGGAAGCACAUUUUACCCUUUGUGCUAACAAACAAUCAAAGUCUACUUCAAGUGAUUUAUAGCAGUUCCUGGUAGCCGUUUGACACCACCCAAAAUGAUUUCCUUUUGGUGUUUUGUCUCUGGUUUUAAGUCUCUGUAUUGUAUUUCUGUGUUAAUGUUUAUUUUCAAUAAUGUUUUCUGUAAUAUCUUUCCUACAUCUGUCAAAAUUACAUUUUUCAAAAUGAACCGUGAUCUCAAAAGAGAAUGUAUAAAUAAUUUGUAGCUAAGUGCCUGGUUUUUCAUAGACUCAUUUCAAACAUGAGAUUAUUUGUUUUAAAUAACAUAAUGAGGUUGUCUUCUAUUUAUUUUUUUGUGAUAAAUGCCAGUUAAAUAAAAUAGGAGUUCUCUACAUAGCAGUAUAUUUUCAUGUUUGCAGGAGUUGCAUUAUUUGUUCGGAUAUGAAAAAAUUCAGACAGAUUUAGACUUUACAUGUGAUUGUCAGCAGUCAUGUGGAUGUGAAGCAAGAGCUCACAAUAUUACGCCACAGUUUAGGUUGUUGCAUUUUUAGAAUUGCAUAGCGGAGGUAAAAUUUGAGUUUGCUUUGUAAAUUUCACAACAUUAAGGAAGUCAUUUUGAAUUAUCUAUGUUGCCCUUUCCAGCUGUUUACUUUGGCUUCCUGGUCCAUGCAUACUUCUGUUUUUGACAUCCUUUGACACUUCCUGACUGCAGGACAGAAAACACUGUAGAAACACUGAAGCUGGGUGCAAUUCACGGAAAACCACUUACUUAAUUCCAAAUACUGUAGCAUCCCACCUGUGACAUUUCAGUUUUUUAACUUUGUGUCCUGCAGGUUACAACAUUCAAAGGCGUAAGAUAGUAUAACCAAAAUGUGUCAAUGCACAUUCAAUGAAAGCAACACAUUAUCUGGACUGAAAGAAAAUAUAAUUUUAUUUUUUGUUGUGAUUAAAGUUCAACAGGAAUAUAUAAUUCUGUUCUGUUGUCCUGUUGUGUUGAAGCUGCAAUACUUUGAUGUUGUAGCCAAAACAGCUUGUUCAAAGCCAAGUGUGUGUGCUGUUAUCUGACUGUUGAUCAUUAUCUUAGAACUGGGAUGCUGUGACAUGACAAAGCUUUGUGUGAGAUGUGGCUUUGUGAGCUACAUUUGUUACCACAAGCAGUUUUGAAUGGAAGCGAUUCUUCUGAAUUUAAUAAAUUAUGUGUUUAAAUCCCCA